AUGUCGUUCUUACCCCGCCCAGAUGCUGACGACUCACAGCGCGAGAGAUCUCGCUCGCCACGCCGUGGUCGAUCAAGGAGCCCAGGUCGCUCGGGUCGCCGUCGAUCAUACUCUCCACGUAGCCGGUCUCGAAGCCGGGACGACUACCGUAGAUCGGACAGACGGUCGCGAUCUCCCAUGACUGGAGCUGGGGCCCCAGUUGGAGGAUCAGGUUCGGGUUACGGUGGACCACCCCAACGGACGUACGAGGAACGUGCUGCUGCACGAGAACAGAUGAUGAAUAACAUUCGCGAGACCUCGCAGCAGGACCGACGUGUCUACGUCGGCAACCUUUCUUACGAUGUAAAGUGGCAUCAUCUUAAAGAUUUUAUGCGACAGGCUGGUGAGGUUCUGUUCGCCGAUGUUUUAUUGCUUCCGAAUGGGAUGUCUAAGGUGGGCUUCUACACAAUUGUGGAAUAUGCUACAAGGGAGCAAGCACAAACAGCUGUCCAGACUCUCAGCAAUCAGAACCUAAUGGGCAGGCUCGUAUACGUUCGCGAAGAUCGAGAAGCCGAACCACGAUUCAUCGGCGCAACCGGAGGCCGCGGCGGCUACGGUGGCGGAAUGCAAGGCGGAUACGGAGGCGGCAGUGGAGGCGGCGGCGGCGGUGGUGGUGGCAGCGGAUACGGUGGUGGCGGCAUGGCUGGCGGCAAUCGCCAAAUCUACGUGUCCAACCUUCCAUAUACCGUAGGCUGGCAAGAUCUCAAAGACUUGUUUCGCCAGGCAGCCCGAAAUGGCCAGGUAAUCCGAGCCGACGUUCAUCUGGGUCCGGAUGGCAGGCCCAAGGGCUCUGGUAUCGUCAUGUUCGAACAUCCCGAAGACACGCGCAAUGCUAUACAGCAGUUCAACGGAUUUGAAUGGCAAGGCCGUCUGCUCGAGGUUCGCGAGGAUCGCUUUGCCCACCAAGGAGUCGGAAGCUAUGGCCGAGGCGGCUUUGGUGGUCGCGGAAGCUUUGGUGGUUCCUACGGGGGCCGCGGAGGUUUUGGUGGCGGUCGUGGUGGCUUCGGCGGUUACGGCGGCGGACGCGGAGGCUUUGGUGGACCCACCGGUGGUGGAUACGAUGCCAACAAUUCUGCCCCCGCCGCGGCCCCGAAUCCGUUCACUGAUUUCGCUACUGCGGGGACCGAUCCAAGCGAAAUCAUCUACGUCCGAAAUCUUCCAUGGUCUACCAGCAACGAGGAUCUGGUUGAGCUUUUCACCACGAUUGGCAAAGUCGAGCAAGCAGAGAUACAAUAUGAGCCUAGUGGACGAUCUCGAGGGACCGGCGUUGUACGCUUCGACAGCACUAGCAACGCAGAGACAGCCAUUUCGAAAUUCCAGGGUUACCACUACGGAGGACGGCCCCUUGGCCUUAGUUUCGUCAAGUACGUCACUCCAGGUGGGGGCGACAGUAUGGAGACGGACGCGCAUGGCGGUUUGACGCAAGACCAAAUCAUGUAG